UGCUGAUUUAGCACUAUUAGUUUUCAUAAUGUAUGAUGUUAUUUUGCCUCUGACAAACAGCUAAUCUCUCCUUAGAUCCUAUUCGCUCUCUAAAAUUAUUUCCUUUUUGUUGUUCCUUCUUCCGUUAUAAAUUGAAAAGGGAACACGUUUUGCAUUGCUGUAGCCGAUUCGAGUAAUAAAAGAUACCAAGCAAGGACCGUAACUGCAAAACUGUCCGAAAUGUCCGUCCCGCCCCGUCUGUCCAAGCCAUACUUGCCCAGUGGUAGCUGAAGUGUCCCUCUUACAUAUAAUUCUACACAAUGCAAAAUAGUUUCUUAAGUGGCACUGCAAGUUGACAAAAAAUUACAAUGAACAUGAAGCAAGGUUUGUAGUUGUCUGCUUAUAUCACGGCAUGAAGCGUGGGCCAGGUCAUCCUUUCUAUCGAUCGUGUGUGGACGGUAAUUCAUGGAACAGAAUUAACAAAAGGAUUUGAACUUUACAUUGAUGUACAUGUAUACUUAUGAUGUAUACAUUCUUCUGUAUCAUAGAUAUUAAUUAUAAAAACACAGGACUUUAAAUGGAAAAAUAUUUAUGGAAUAAAAUAUAUAAAUGCGAGCUGUCGCAGUGUGCACAAAGCUUCUCAGCAAACAAAAUACGCGGGUUUGGUUCACCAAUUGGACCCAAGAGUGCUCUGUUUCAGUACACUUGUUGAGUACGCUACGCCGCUACUGGGAAUUCAAAUUCGUCAGCCAAGUACUUUACAUGACAUAGUUUGCGAAGAGGUUGCGAGGUUUGUACUGAAAACUAGCGUUCGGAUUUAGAAGCACUGUUUCGUAAAUUUAGUGAAUUGUGCAUGUUAUUAAGUUUUGUGGGCUUUUUGAUAAUCGCACCGUAUUGGUUAGUGUCGGGAUUGAAAUGUUAGAGUCACGAAAUUGAACCAGGAAAUUGGCACUAGCGGAGAGUGACACUACCCUUCAUUAACUAGGAACUGCAUUUCACUCUAAUUGAAGUAUACAUUUUAAUAUUUCCUCACAACUCCUUCCUGAUGUGAUGUGAAUGAUUUUACUUGGGUAGCCUUAUCUAGUGUGCACAUUAUUAUCUCCCCAUAUCUUACUCAAAUUAUUUCAAGGAUAUACACCCAAAUGUGGGUGUGGUACCAGUUUAUGUAGUCCUUCCAAAAAUUUUUGUAUUAAAACACAUGUCAUUUAAUACAAACAUGUCUCACUCCGGUGAAGCAAGAUUUGAUUCCCAAAUGCAACAAGCUCAAGUUGAAGUACCAUUACAUCCACACUGGCAAGAAAUCUUCAGGAAAUACGAUUUGGAUAAUGAUGGGAGAAUAUCAUUAACUGAGCUUCGAGCUAUGAUAUUGAGUGAAUCUUAUGAGAAUGAUAUCCCUGAACACACUGUUCGAAUGAUUAUGCAAAAAGCUGAUGAAGAUCAGAGUGGAUACUUGGAUAUGAGAGAAUUUGAAAAGAUGGUUCAUACAAAAGAGUUUCGAAGUCUUAUGGGUCAUAUGGUGAGUGCAUAUAUUCGUUCAACCAUAGUUCCUCGGAAACAUGCUAGGGGACCCACUGAUGUUCUCGAUGCUCGAGGAGAUUAUGAGGAUGAAUAUUCCUGCAGUCCGCCUUCCGUUUGUAUGCUUGUAAUCAGCGUUAUUGAGAUCGUCACUUAUAUGUGGGAUGUGAUCAAAGAUGGCAAUCACGCAGCUAGUGGGCCUGCUGCAACAAUUUUCAUUUAUGAUCCUCAGAAGCGCUAUGAAGUUUGGAGAUACGCUACUUAUAUGUUUGUGCAUGUUGGUGUCAUGCACAUAACAGUAAAUUUACUGGUUCAAGUAUUGCUGGGAACACCUCUUGAAAUGGUGCAUCGCUGGUGGCGUGUUCUUAUUAUAUAUUUUGCUGGAGUUUUAGCUGGGUCUCUUGGAACUUCUAUAUCUGACCCUAAAGUAUAUUUAGCUGGAGCAUCUGGUGGUGUUUAUGCUCUUAUUACAGCUCAUGUGUCAUCAAUUGUGAUGAAUUGGUCAGAAAUGCGAUUUGCUCUUCUGCAACUGGUUGUGUUUUUUAUAUUAACUGCGAGUGACAUAGGCACAGCGAUAUACAACAGGUACAUUUUAGAAGAUGGACAACGAGAUCGUAUUGGAUAUGCAGCACAUUUAGCAGGAGCUUUAGCAGGAUUACUUGUUGGCAUUAAUGUACUCCGUAAUCUGCAAGUAAAACGGUGGGAGAAAGUAAUGUGGUGGAUUUCAUUGAUUACUUACUGUGCUUUAAUGCUUGCAGCUAUAAUAUGGAACAUAGCGUUUCCUGAGUAUUUCUCUUGAACCUAACCAGUUUUUACAAGAUAAUUUGCAGCAUAAGCAUGCUGAUAUUUCAUGUAUUGAUUUGUAAAUAUGUGAAAAUAUAGUGUGUGAUUGUAUUUUCAAAAGAAUGAGAGAAUGGAAAUUUUGCGUGGUGAAUUGUUUGCACAUAUUACAACCAGCUUUAGUAGAACUUGUUUUCAAUGGAAAGCUGGAUUAUUUGAGAUUGUUAUGUAGUAAUGAUUAUGAAAUGUAUUGUAAAUACAUUCACUUAAUUAGUUUUAAAUUAACUAGCACAACACUUCCAAUACCCCAAUUAAUUCAGUAUUUUUGUAUUUAAUAUUAGGCAUUGCAAUACUGUUAUGAAGUAAGACCAAAAUGGUUGUUCAGUUAUCAAGUUAUAAUUUACCAUCAAGAAAAAUUUCCUAUAUUUAUAGUUUGGUAAGAAUUUGAAAUAUUUUGUUCACCACAUGUCAGAGAUAACACACAAAUGUUUCACGUGGCAUUUUAUAUAAACAAAAUGAAUUAUGCGAAAUACUACCUAAACAAAAAUUAUGAUAUGAUAUUCAAACUUAAUAUAGUAUUCAGUGAAUAUUCAUUAGCUCGUAUUAAAGUAAUUUAAUGUCUGCUGUGAAUGUGUUUGAAUAAGGAUGAGCAUCCUUUGAUAUGUUCUCAUCAUUAUACCAUGCGGGUACAUUUAUGCUUAACCAUACGAAUAUACAGAUUGAUGGUAUGUCAAGUCCUGAUCAUGUCAUUCAGAACAUCAGCUCAAGAAAUGCUGUUGGACCUCUGUUUAUUGAAGUUCUUUAUGCAUCUCCCCCCUGCCAUUUAUUUAUUUUUUUUAUUUUAUUUUAUUAUUAUUAAAAAAUCAAGUAGAAUAUAGAUCUUCUUGUAAUGAGUUGGAUUUAUGUGUUGAUAAUGCUAAUCUUAUUCUCAUUUCAAUUUCAUGCUAAAAUAAUAACUAAACACGAAUUUUUUUGAUGAAUAUAAAUAAAAAUAUGUUCAAUAAGAUUAUUGAAUUCACUUUACUCAUUGGUGUAAUGUGAAGAAAUUACUUAGCCACUAUGUAAAUUCUUAGUUUUGAUUUACAUGUGUGCGUAAAUUGUUUAAUGACUUCUUUUAAUAUUCAUAAUUUAUACUUAAACUUUUUGUCUUUUAAAGGGGAAAUAACUUUUGUAUCCAGUGUUACAAGUUUCAAAUUUAAUUAAAGAAUCAAAUUUUGGUAUAUGAGAGUCCAGCAGUAGAAUAUUUAAGUAAAUGCUCAAGUAAAUUAAAAGUCCUUAAAUCUUAAUGAUAUUCUGCUUCUGAUGCUCUUGUAGUAUUAUACUAACUGGCAACACAAUUUAAUAUACAAAUGAGUCUAUUUAUUUUGAACUUUUUUAUUAGUCAAUGUACUUGCAUUUAAUAUGUUUAGAGAAUAUUGUAUUUUAAUUUAUAAGCUUAUAAAUGGUCACAAUAUAGAUAAUUUAGUAUUAUUCUUGUACUUGGAUGAAUCAUCUCAGUUUAAGCAACAAAGAUUUGUUUUUUAUAAGCCAAGUUUUGAACACUACAUCACGAAUAUUUACAUUUGUACCAUCAGGGGGAAAACUAUUGAUUUCUAAUCAAUUUUAAUUAAAUUUUUGUAUUUUACCAACUUUAUCAGUAACUUAAAUUAAAAGUUGUAUAAUAUAAGUAUUCUCUGUUCAAUUUUAGAAGUACAGAUAUAAGAGGAGAAAAUUGAUUUUAUUUUUUUGCACUUGUAAAGGAAAUUUUGUUAAUUUUAAAUGUCUAAAAACAUUAGUGUUUUACUAAUGACAUUUUUAUUCUAUUCUAUUUGGUUUGGGCAUUCUAUUUCAUGAACACAAAAAGUUUUGAGAGAACAGAAAAGCAGAAAAUAAAUUAAGAAAUCAGUUACUGAGGUUUUACAGCAUGACUUCAUUUUUGUGAGAAAUUUUAAUGGAAAUAGCAUUUAAAUAAAACCUAUUUCUUCUCUGUGUGGUUAUUAAAUUUUAUAUUUUUAUGUAUAUAUUAAGGAAAAUAAGAGUCUUGGGCAGCUGUAAUAAUGCUGCAUGGUUCUGUCGCAUUGUUUUUCUUCGCAAUUGCUACUCAUAACUACUGUGCAGACUCUCAAUUACGUCCAUUGAUAGAUAUAGUAUUAUUGUUUGAAAUAGGUGAGGGGUUGCCUGUAUCUCUGUGAUUGUAUAAAUUUGUCAUAGUACAAAUUUGCUUUGUUAGCUUCGUAUAUAUAUAUAUUUAUAAUUG